UCGUAGUUGUUGCGUCUUGAUCUGUGUUCGCUUUUGAUGCGAACGUUAGUUUCAUUAGAGUUUCAGCCGCGCAGUCGUGAACGUCGUCUGAGCGCAUUGGAAAUAUCAGCCGACAGGUGUCGCCGCGUGUGUGUGAAAAUUAACGCCCAAACAAAUUUGAAUUCUCAAAUAAAAUAAAUAAUUGUGGUAACGGUGCAAAUAAAUUAUAAGCCUAUCGCAAAUUUGAAUGUGGUUUGUGGUGCUGAAUGUGUGGUGUGCUUCUAUAAAUAGAAAUUAAAAAUUUUGAAAAAAUCGUAAAUUUUUCCCAUCUGGACUCAAGAUGCCCGCCAAAGAGGGAUUACAAAGGUGUCAGCCAAUACCACUCUAUGUGGUAUUGGUAUUAUCCGUGUGCUAUUUAGUAAUACAGCUGAUCUUCAGUCAUUUGACACAUGCCUUGACUCUGCUCCUCGCUUCCUACCACAUGUUGUGCAACAUUUUAGCACUGGCUGGUUGCCUACUAACAAUUAAGCACGGCAGACACAAUGGAACAGAAAAAGAGAAGACACCAGUGGCGCCCAUUAAGAACACAAAUACUACGGAGGACAAGAUUACCGUGGUGUUAACCGUAAGCGAGGUCGAGGAGCAGCAGCAAUUGGCAAAACGCGAGUCGAGGGAACAAAAGCUACGUAAUACCUUUGGUUGGGCUCGCAUCGAUAUUCUGACCAUGCUGAUCGUGUUCAUCAUAUUGGCCGCGUUGUCCUUUUCGCUUGUUGUGGAGGCGCUGCAGACGCUGGUACACAUCGAUCAUCAGGAUACAAUGCAUCUGCCCAUACCCGUGAUGAUGUUAGGCAUUGUCGGUCUCAUACUAAACGGCCUCACUUAUUUCUUGAUCGGUGGCUAUACCCUGCAUCAGGGCAGUUUUCUUCAUCUGACGCCGGCCGGCAAUGUUGUCCUGGAACGUUCCAUUUCCAGCCAUUCCAAUUUGGCACUCAAGUCUACGGAUCGUGCUCUGACCAAAUCUGCGAGCAACGAUCGUCAGUUGCGAGAAUCGCUGGAGGCGGAGGGCGGCAAUGUUUACUUCGCAACGAAGCGACAGGGUGCUGUCGAGAUGCUGCGCGAUGUGUCCAGCACCCUGUUUGUAAUAGUCUGUGCGGCCAUUGUCUAUGUCGCUGAGGAUGAGCAGCACACGGCCAAGUUUAUAGAUCCAGUUUUAUCAAUAUUCUCUUGCGUUUUGCUGGUGUCAUUGAGUUAUCCAUACAUGAAGGAAUCCUGCCUCAUUCUGCUGCAAACGAUACCCGCCUCAAUUGAUUUGGAGAUCUUUGAGCGGACACUGGUUAGCAAAUUUCCGGAAAUUAUCAGCUAUCACGAUCUGCACAUUUGGCAGCUGGCAGCAAACAGUUAUGUGGCCACCAUUCACAUACAGUUCCAGAAUCCCAAACUAUAUCUGACGAUCAUUGAGAAGGUUCGUGGAUAUUUCCAUGAACAGGGAAUCACAGAGGUCACCAUACAGCCGGAGUUCUAUCCGUCGACCAAUAAAAAUGCAUCUGCAUCUUUGGAAUGCCUGAUGCAGUGCCAGGCAGCCGAGUGCAUUGAGAAGGUUUGCUGUCGGGAUUCACGAUCUGAUUUACGUGAGGUUAGCGAAAGUCCAAUGCCAACGCCGCCAAAGACCAAAUCCUGUGCUGAACUAAGCACAAUAGUUGUGGACAAACCCAACGAGUUAAGUGUAACGCAGCUUAUGAAAAGAGUACAGGAUGUUCAGAUGAACGAGGAUCCUUCGUUGCCUGUCUCUCCGUCCAGCAUAUCGCUGCCCGCCACUGCAACAACAACAACAACACCUGAAGCCAAAUCCUGUUGAUUUCCCAUCUCCAGCCAACUUAGUAUUUAGGCAGCGACUUUACGAUUUUAGCUAGAACAUAAGUUUAUUUUAAUAAUUAAUUUCUGCAUUUAUGCGAAGUUUGAAUUCAAGAUAAUGUUGUCAUACAAAACGAUCUAGCAUAAAUGUAGCAUUUAUUUGCCAUAAAAAUUGGGAGCUAACAUUUAAACAUGAGACGCUUGAGUUUUAACACGUUUAUUAUAAGACAUAUUUAAUAAGUUAAACAAAUAAAUGUUGCUUUUAAGUUUA